GGAUUGAUAUACUAUUUCAAUAAUAUAGUAUCGGUGCACGGCCAGUAUCAGUGGCAGCCACAACACCACAUCGAAACAACAACAACAACAAAAACAACAACAGUAUACCACGGUGAAGACGACUCGGGUCGCCUGCGCAGUAGGACUUAUAAACACCUCACCCGACUAGCGAUGGGCACAGGACGCCAAGGGGUGAUUGACUUGUACAAGACCCUACUUUAUAUGGGACGAGAUUAUCCUCAAGGUUAUGACUUUUUCCGUUCACGGUUGAAAAAAGCUUUCCAACGUAACAGUGACAUCAGUGAUCCUGAACAAAUUAAGAUGCUGGUCAAACGUGGCGAGUUUGUCGUCAAAGAGAUUGAAGCCCUCUACAUGCUCAAAAAAUACAGAACAUUAAAAGAUAGAUAUUCUACGGAGGAUAAACCAUAGUCAAUAGAGCUAUUUAUUUAGUAUUUUUUUUUUUUAUAUAUAUUAUAUUAUUAUUAUAAAAUAUGUCUUUGUGUACAGUUUUUUUUUUAUAUGUAGUAUAAGCUUACAAACAAAAUAAUAAUAAAAUAAAAUGUAUUGGUAUAUAUAUAUAUAUGUUAAUAAUCCAUUGUGUGAGCAACAAUAUGAGUGCAUUAAACAGAAAAAAGCUGUUUUAAAUGCAAUAAUAUUAUCAAUAGUAUUUAAAUGAGCAUAGAAUUCUAUGUUUUAAAUUAAAAAUAUUAAAAACCAUUAAUUUGAAGUUAUAAUUAAUUUUAAGACAGAAGCAUGAAGUAAAUAUAAAUAUAGGCUACAUGAAUGAGUAACAAUAAAAAUAAAUAAUACUUUCUAUUAUUUUCUUAAGGGAUUCAAGUUUAAUUGUUAAUUUAAUGAUAAUACAUAAAAUAUUAAAUUUUUAGGCAUAAUAUAUAUUAUACUAUAUUUUAUUUAUGGUGUAGAAUAAGAGAUCAGAUUUAUCAGUAGUUUUUUCUACAGUUAAACAUAAAUCUUUUUCCAAUUUAAUGUUUUCAAUUAUUAAAUUUUAGAACUCAACAAAACAAAUAAAAAUCUCACAUGACUUUCAUCGCAAGAACACCAAUCUCAUCAAUAC